UUGCAAAACACUAGCCGCAAUAAUAAAGAAACAAUAAAGACUACAAAAGUCAAUAAGGGAAGGCCAAAGCUUAAGCUUUGGUCUCUUUGGCAGCCAAUCUUGCCUUCUUAGCAAACCCAAGACCCUUUCCCUCAACAACAGAAAUAAAACUAUUGCCAGCUCUUUACUGAAAUUCCAACUGUUUCUUUUCAAUUUUUUGGUUGGAAAUUUUUUUUACAGGCAUAUAUAUCGACUCGUUUCUGGUCAGCGGACUGGUCAAGUCGUACACAAAGAUAGGAUCUUUCUUGCGUUUUCAGGGGAAAUUUUGAAGUUGGCGGAUCGGUUGUGAAAAUAAAGGCUUCGGAAUUGGAGGUUAGAUGUUAAUUUGUCGAGGAGAAGGGUGAGGUGGGGCUGAAUUAUAUGGAUAACUUUUGCUGCUUCAGUUCCCAGGCUGGAGGACGCUCUUCAUGUGGCUCUGGCAAGGGAAGAAGUCAGCUGGGUCCUGUCAAAUAUGGGUUUAGCCUGGUAAAGGGGAGAGCAAAUCAUCCUAUGGAAGAUUACCAUGUUGCUAAAUUUGUUCAGAUUCAAGGACGAGAGCUUGGACUCUUUGCUAUUUUUGAUGGGCAUUUGGGUGACAGCGUACCUGCCUAUUUACAGAAGCAUUUGUUUUCUAAUAUCUUAAAGGAGGAGGAUUUUUGGACUGAUCCGAAUCGAGCAAUCUCGAAAGCCUAUGAAAGAACGGAUCAAGCGAUUCUCUCACACAGUCCUGACUUAGGAAGAGGUGGGUCCACUGCUGUGACUGCAAUUCUUGUAAAUGCUAGAGUGUUAUGGGUAGCGAAUGUUGGGGACUCACGGGCUGUCUUAUCAAGGAGAGGACAUGCAAUACAGCUGAGUAUUGACCAUGAACCAAACACUGAGCGUGGGAGCAUUGAAGAUAGAGGUGGUUUUGUGUCCAACAUGCCAGGGGAUGUUGCACGAGUGAACGGUCAACUGGCUGUAUCCCGUGCUUUUGGAGACAAGAACCUGAAAUCACACCUCCGAUCAGAUCCUGAUGUCACAAAUGCCAGCAUUGAGGCAGAGACAGAUGUACUCAUCCUUGCAAGUGAUGGUCUAUGGAAGGUGAUGUCUAAUCAGGAGGCAGUUGACAUUGCACGGAAGAUAAAGGACCCACAGAAGGGAGCAAAACAACUAGUGAUGGAAGCAUUACAUAGAGAAAGCAAAGAUGAUAUCUCCUGCAUUGUUGUGCGAUUUAUGGGGUGAAACCGCGAUAAGAUAUCCGUUAAUGUUUUUCAUAUGUAUACAAGUCGGAAGUUUGGGGGGAGGGAGGAACAGGGGAAUCUGAUUUGAUAUAGGUUAUAAACCCCACUCCACACCAUCUGUAGUAUUUUAAGUUUCUAUAUUCGUGUUGUGCGGUUUGUUAUAGCUUGAUUCUUCCCAUUUGUAGAUUCAUAGAAGCAUUUUUCUGUAAUUUACACGAGGCUUCGGAGCUGAGUUGUUUGACAGCCAGUAGUUCUUGUAAUAAUGAAGCUGGAAAUUGGUAUUUGUUGACAAGUCAAGGUAUAGAGAUAUAGUUGAAGGGUGUCUUGAUCAAGUUGGUGUUUGGUUGGCCCCUCUGAAGCAAAUGCAGAGCAUUUUUCUGACGGCCCCUCUGAAGCAUUCCACAAUUUACUUGGCAUAUAGGGCAAAGUGAAGUUUGAAGACCGAGAUAAGCGGAGGAAAGGUGGUACAAUAAUGUAACCUGGGGCGACAUCAAAAUAAAAAGCACUCCGACCCUGAAGAUUGCUCGUUAACUUUUAUUACCUCUUACGUUAAUACGUGGGGGCUUACUUUACUUUACAUGGGGGCAUUUACUAAAUUUCUUGUUUU